UCGGCUCGCCACGGUUCGACGAGGCGAGUCGAGUGCAUUUCAACAUGCAAGAGGGACAAAGGCAGGCGGGCCCCCACCCAGCCCCGCGCAGACGUCAGCCCGCACGCCACCAGUCCACCGCUGUGCGUCUGUCGCGGCGCAGGCACUUUGAUAUGAAUAUUUCGUAGUGUAUUUUCUCGUGUCGGCAUCGCGUGUGCCUUUUACUGGUGUAAAUUGUCAGUGUUUUUGUGGUGAUUAUAUACCAAAGAUGAUGUGCAUGCAACAUGGCGUUGCGUAGUUGACAUGUCGUUGAGCGCGCCCGUCCAGGCGGUGCGCGGGACUAGGACCGGUAGCCUCGACCAACUGGAUUUCCAGGAGCGCAGGCAGCUCAUUGCGAGCUCGUUGUCUCUUACAGACUUCUUGCAUGUUGGGGCUAAGGAGGUUGCAGCUGUUGCCGCAAAAAAACAAAAUGGCUCAACAGUGCGCACGAACAGCCUGGGCUCUGGCGCGCGGACACCACCCGCAGAACGGACGAAAUCCAAGUUCUCGGCGUUCGGUAGACUUUUUAAACCAUGGAAGUGGAAACGGAAAAAGAAAUCUGAAAAAUUUGAAGCUGCAUCUAGAACCCUAGAAAGAAAGAUAUCCGUCCGGGCAAAUAGAGAUGAGUUGGUGCAGAAGGGAAUCCUGCUGCCCGAGAGUCCAGUUACGCCUGUCCCUGAAGCCAAUGAAGAGCUGUCUCCGACGUACGGCGAUGACGGCCGAGGCGACACGGUGAGCGGCGGCAUCAGUGGCCCGGAUCGCACGAUUGCGGGCAUGCACGCCGCCGUCCAGGCGCAGCUGGCUUCGCAGCUUGCUCAUCAGCAAGCUAUGCUCGCAGCAGCCGUCGCUGCUGCCGCGCAACACCAGCAUCAAAAUAACAACGUCAUUGAACCAAAGAAAGAUAAAUUGGAAAAUGGUGGAGAGUUAAUGAGGCCUGAAAGACCCAACUCGUUGACGGCAGGCAAACUACCACGGCGGAUAUGUUAUCAAGGAGACGUUGUGGGCGGGUAUGGACCAUCUGGCGGCGAAAACGGCGGCGACAGCGAAGAACAACUUGUGCUGUCGGAGCUACCGGAGCCUCCGAUCGCGGUCUCGGAAAUUGGACCUAUUCCGCCCCCGCCCAUGUUCAGCUCACCAAGCCCCACCCGUCACCACCAUCAACAUACCAUUCCACAGCAUCCUCUUUCUGACUCCGAAGAGGAGGACGAACACGAGGACGAAGAUGUCGAACCUCACACAGUCAGCGCGGACACGAACCGCGUCGAGGAGAUCCCACCUAAGGAGCCAAUAUUCAACGCGAUGCCUCUCAAAUCGGCCCUGAAGAAGCGACCGGCGCCUUCCGCCUCCCCGGCAGCCACGCCGCUCGCCACCCCUCUAGCGCCGCGUCAGGACCAUCACCACACGAGCUUCAAACGUCCGCCGCCAAAACCGAGGAUCCGUAUAUGCACUCGACCGGUGAGAAUGGGUAACGCUUUGGAAAAUAAGGAGAACGCACGGCCGUGGGAGGGAGCCACGGAGUACCGCGACGAUUACGCCACUGAGUCAGAGCGUGUCGCCGCGAAACUGGCGCGCAAAGAAAGCUUGAACAUCAAGCUGGCGUUGCGACCCGACCGGCAGGAGCUCAUCAACAGAAAUAUUCUGGUGGUCCAGAGCGAACACGAGAGACAAGAGUCGUGGGAGGCGAUUGGCGCUCGUCUGAUACGUCGACUGUCAAUGCGACCCACCGCCGAGGAACUCGUUGAAAGAAACAUACUCAAGAGUCAGUCACCAGCUGAGGAGAAAAAACAAAAAGAGGAAAAGAAACGGUACCUGCUUCGUAAACUUAGUUUCCGGCCCACGGUAGAUGAACUGAAGGAAAAGAAAAUUAUUAGGUUCAGCGAUUAUAUUGAAGUUACUCAGGCGCAUGAUUACGACCGGCGCGCUGAUAAGCCUUGGACACGCCUCACGCCACGGGACAAAGCUGCUAUUCGACGGGAACUCAACGAAUUUAAGAGUUCUGAAAUGGCGGUUCACGAGGAAAGCAAGCACCUCACAAGGUUCCACAGACCAUGACGGCUGACACGGCUGUGCCUUAGAGCCGGACGGCAGCGCGCCGAGCGGCAGUGUGGCGCUUGAGUCGACAGGGCCACCCGUCGUCUCAGCGGCGGAUCUACAUCUUCCUUUGACCACCUGAACGUGGCUGCACCUGUGAUUUUUAACGUUAUUUAUACAUUGACUACUUCCGACCCCCGGGAGAUUUGUAUGCAAUAACUUAUCAGAACGCAUCGGUAAAGUGUUGAAUAUUCUAAAGUUGCGUUGUACUGCUGUUUUAAAUGUUACGCAUAUGUUUUGUAAAUGCGUGCCGUGAGUGCAAUCUUGUUUUUUCAAUUACCUAUUCUAAUAUCGUAGUUAUUGCCGAGUACAAUUUAUUAUUAUUAUUAUUAUGGUAUCGUUUUAUGUUAGUUGACGUAUUUUAAGCGUACCUAUACAUUCUUGAAUUGACCUUCGAGAAAGGUUAGUGAUACUGAGUAUUGUGGGGAGAUUAGGAGCCUUCGAGCUCGGUGAACUGUGACAUUUACGAGUGAAUUAUUUUGAUAUGUCAGACGUAUCCAACAUAGAAAGUUCGUAGUCUUGUGAUUAUUUUUCUUAUAUUGCUAGCUUUUAGCUUUGUAGUCAUUAAGCUAGAUUUGACAGAUUAAUUUACACAUAACUCAUUGUGUUAAGUUGUCACAAUUUAAUUUUUACAUUAAUUAAAUUUUGGAGUAUAGUUGACCUGUUGGAGCGUACAGCGAGCUUAAAUUUCUCUUAUUUAUCUUCCUAAUUUAUAAUCAAACAAACCUUGAAAGUAACGAAUACUAUUUUUUUAUAAUAUUUGUACUACCACAGUUUUUCAUUAUUUUUUCG